UAUUGCAGAUGAAUAUUAUCUUCUGGAGAGGGCGUUCCUUCACGGGCUCGAGCCAGUGUGCGUGAUGCGACUCCACACAGAAAACUAUCUGACAGUCAUUCAUUACAAAAGCUGCUCUGUGGCAGACCACUGAAUUGAGCACAAAAAAUGCCACAAGACUGCAUGAGUCUGACAAGCGGAUGCAGGUGAAGAGUUGAUUUCGAAAAGAGAAUCGAUUGCAUAAUCUGAUGGAGCACAGCGAGAGGCAGCGACGGGCGCUUCAUUUUGAACUAUGGCAGCAAUUCUGAUCUAAAUUUUGAUUAUGGGAAAACGUGCCAUGCUGGAGUACAGCGACGAAUUAAUGGAUAUGAGGAUUAAAACCAUCCAGCCUCAAAACUUUGAAGUUUAUUUAGUCGCUACCAGAGGGUGCAUUCGUUUUAAGGCUGCUACCUGUGCAGUGUGCUAUCAAUUAACACCAAACCGACUCGCUUAUAUCAUUUGUUAGGGCUUUUAAACCAACAUCGGAAGCUUUUGGAGGCUUUUCCUUUUUUUGCAGGUUUCUCAACUGCAGCCGUUCAAAUGCUGGAAUGGAUUGCUGUUGCUUGCUUUAUGGUUUUAAUGGCCAUACUCUGGCCAGUGGUGAAGUGUUUUGGAGCGAGUCACUCCACGCUGCUUCUUCCACGGCGCGAGAGCAGAAGAUCCUCGGAGAGAUGCGACUCGAAACCUGAGGGACAAGGUGAAUCAGACGCGCUCGACUUGAUAUGCAAACCAUCUGCACUGGCAAACUACCUUCUCAAACAUUGCAUGAGUUUUUGCAAGUCUCUAUCGAUACCAAAAUGGAACUGGCGAAUGAGUUCGUCUUUGCAGACUGUUUUCGGCGCUUUGUGGCCGUUUGACUGUCCGGUGCAUUUCAUCCGAGAUCAUUUGCAGUUGAGUGAUGAUGGACUCGUGGCGUUGGAUUGGGCUGUCGUUGGUGCAGCACAUCACAAGAGGCGCAGGACCUCCAGUAAUUCCACAAGCCCAGUUCUGCUCAUCAUUCCCAACUCUUUUGGAAAAAUCACGAGGAAUGUGCUAAAGCUCUGUGAGGCAGCUCUGAGUCACGGCUACCUCCCCGUGAUCUUCAACCGCCGGAGUCAAAACGGGACGCCGCUCUGUACUGUGAAGCUGCAGCAGUUCGGUGACCCGACUGACCUAAGGGAAGCGGUGCGCUACAUUCGGUACCGACAGCCAGCAGGCCAGAUCUAUGCCGUGAGUGAGAGCACUGGUUCAGGACUCUUGCUGUCCUAUUUGGGGGAGUGCGGCUCCUCCAGCUACGUGACUGCUGCGGCCUGCCUGUCUCCAGUUUUCCGCUUCCAGAGCUGGUUUGAGAGUGGCCCGACCUGGCUGUUCCACUGGGCUCUACUGCUUUACCAAAAAAUCUGCAUUAGCAGGUAUAGAACGGUCCUCGGGGAGCUUGUCCACACAGACAACUUAUUCUCCAGCUGCUCUUUGAAGGCAAUGGAGGAGGCACUUUUCUGUCAUUCAGGUUUAAAAGGGACGACGACGGAGGGAGCAGGUAGCUGGGAGGCAUACUGGGAACGUAACGACCCACUGAGGGACAUAGAUGAAGUGGCCAUUCCUGUGCUGUGUGUGUGCAGCCAGGACGACCCCAUCCGUGGGGACCCUCAGGUCACGCUUCCGUUAGAGCUUUUUGAGAGCAACCCACAUUUCUUCCUGCUUUUGACUGCCCACGGAGGCCACUGCGGCUUCUCCACAUCAGACGAGGGUCCGACAGUCUGGAGCCAUCAGGCCGUGCUGGAGUUCUUUCGGGCCACCACUGAUUUCUUUGCCGCUGAGGAGCGUGCCAAACUGGCGGCCCGACGGAGGGGUCUGAGUGGGGCUGGCAAGACUUUCCGCCAUCGCAGCGUCAGCACAUGCAAAAGACUGCCCGUCUGCACACAUAACAUUCACACCAUUUACAACUGGCAGCGGUCCUACACCAGAUGAUGCUGUGCUCACAGGGUCCCCACUUUCUUUGGGAUUAUGGAGAGACUGAAGUAGCAAAGAACACUGCCAGAAAAGGGGAAAUUAGAAAGCAUUGUCGAAAACAGCAGCAGAGUCAAAAUAUCUGUUUACAUUCAGGACUAUUUAAAAUUUGGACUACCAUGGUCAACAGACGGACAGUGCCUGUCUUUAAGGAUGUUAAAACGCUAGAUUUUUAUCUACCGUAUUUUUCGGACUACAAGUCGCACCUGAGUAUAAGUCGCAUCAGUCCAAAAAUAUUUCAUGAUGAGGAAAAAAACAUAUAUAAGUCGCAUUUAUUUAGAACCAAGAACCAAGAGAAAACAUUACCGUCUACAGCCGCGAGAGGGCGCUAUAUGUCUUCAGUGUAGACAACAGGACUACAGGAGCACUGAGCAGCACAUAGCGCCCUCUGGCGGCUGUAGAUGGUAAUGUUUUCUCUUGGUUCAUGUCAAAUUAAUUUUGAUAAAUAAGCCGCACCUGACUAUAAGUCGCAGGACCAGCCAAACUAUGUAAAAAGUACAACUUAGAGUCUGGAAAAUACGGUAAAAAACUAAACCAAAAGCUGUAGAACAUUAGAAAGGUUAAGUUACUCAAUCACGGUUUCAAAAUUUCAUAUCUGUGGCAAAGAAAUCAGUAUUUUGGGUUAAAAAAUCCUUAAAAUAAUGUAUUUUUUGGUUUUAGAUAAGAGUUGGAUAUGUCAAAUUUCUUACCAGACUGGCAGUUUUUGGCUCACUAAAUUUUAAUAUUUUUUUAAUUUUUGGCUCACUAGAUUUAUUUAUUUUUAAGCUAUGGUUAAAACAAGACAAUAACAGUUUGCUAGUUUAGUAAGAAAAUGAAAGCUGUGAUUAGAUAACCUGAAAUACAUUUCCUAGUCCACUGGAAUUUUUAUUUUUGUAAAAUUUGUAGUUAAAACAACAGUUUGAAGGUGGAAAACUAAUAAAGACAAUUAAAGUAAAAGAAAAGAAAAAACAUAAUUCAAGAUCUAUUUUCUGAAAACAAGUUUAGAUUUUUUUUAUGAUUAAAAAUACUGAUUAAUAUAAAGAAAAUAUAUAAUUUAUGUAUUUUUUUCUGUCUCAUUGAAUGACAGUAUAUACAUUAGAUGUAAAGUUUAGUUUGUCUUUCUCAGAGAUUGGUCCAAAUGCUUGUACUGCACCUCAUGAAUGUUUUAGUAUACUUCAUUCCAAAAUUAUGAGAAUAUUCAAACCGCUAGUGGCUACAUAGUGGCCUCUCCUUUUGGUACGUUUUGCCCCAUCUGCUUAAAUACAUUCUCUGCAUAUAAUAAUGAAAAGUGACAUUCUGUCAUUUUCACUGUGCAUUACUGUUUUUUUUUUUUUCAGAGAUUGCUAGUUUAUUUAGACUUGUCUCUGCCACAAGAGGAGUAGUCUGUGGAUUCAGAGUAAAGGGUCAGUCAGCACUGCUGGGGUUUCACAUGAUGUCGUUCUGAGGUUUCAAGGAAAGCUUGUCUCCCAUUGUCAUGGGUGGAGCUCCAACCCUGAUUUAUUUUUUUCUUUUCUGCCCUUUCUAUCUCCAUCUCAAAAAUGUGCGAUGUCUUUCUGGUGUCAAAGCGCAUUGUUUGUGUGUUAAAUUAGCUUUAAUUAAAGGGUUUCAGCUGAACACAUUCAUGUAUGCGAGUCAGGUUUUGUUAGUAAACAGGGCGUCAGAAUUAUAGGUUAUGCAAUGGACUGCAUGAAACUGAAAUGGGGAUUCAUUUACUCCCACAACUGUUCCUGAGGGCAGACUUAUAAAAGUGAGAACAAAACUGAAGCAUUUCUUAGCAUGUGCAUUGACUGUAGUGACAAAGCUAUGCUAUCUGAUUACACAGUUCAUUGGAUGCAUGAUCACAGUUUUACUGGGUAGACCCAAAUAUAGCUUCAGCCUGAAGCCUGAGCUCAGAGAGAGGAGGAAUGAUUAGAAGAGAAAGUCUCUGCAGACUCCAGCUCUGACGCUCACACUGACAGGCUGCACUACGGCAAGCUAUAGGCAGUUCGAAAUGGUCUCUUCUUCUGGCUUUGCUCAUAAUAAACCUAUGUACCAAAUCAUGUCAACAUUCCGGUCAGUAUCAUCCUGGUACAGUCUUCACAUAUGUUCUGUAAUGAAUGUUUGAUAGCACUAUGACUCUAUGGGCAUCUACAGAACCGUUCAAAUGUUUGGGGUUGGAAAGAUUUUUUUUUAAUACUCACCCAGACUGCAUUUAUCUGCAUCUAUUCUGCAAAAUACAGUAAAAACUAUAAUGUGAAAUAUUACCAUAUUCAUGUGAUGGCUGAAUUUUCAGCAGUCAUUAUUCCAGUCGUUUAAGUGUUACACAAGUCUUCAUUAAUCAUUCUAAUGUGCUGAUUUGGUUCUCAACAUUUCCUGUUAUUAUCAUUGUUGAAAAUAGUUAUGGUGUUUCAUGCUUCUUUUGAAACCAUGAUACAUUUGUCCCAGGAUUGUUUGAUGAAUAGGAAGCUCAAAGAAGACUAGUUAUUUGAAAUAGAAAUCAUAAAUGUAUUUACUGUCACUGCUGAAUAAGUGUAAUAUUUAUUUUACUUGCUGAACCAAAA